GUGGGCUUGCGAGGGUUGGAGACGGGCUUGGCUGCUCCUGCAGGCACCUGCAGAAGGGGAUCGCGGUCAGACUGGAAGUAAUACAAAGACUCAACACCGGACAGUGUGGAUUAUCAGUGAGGAGGUGGAGGGGAGCUCUCUGCGGAGUGUUAGCCUGAGCAUCCUGAGACAAGGCAUCUGUUUUGUGGCAAGGAUGAGAUAGCUCUUCAUGGGUGUUUAAUGGAGCACAGACUGUUCUGUGAAGUCUGUGUUUGGGUCCUUCUCACCACACCAUAUCCUGCUCCAGUGGGGAGCGGUCUGUCUCUGUUUGGGGAGGAGGGCAGUCUGCUGCCAUGUGGGGUAACUCACCAUUUUCCUGGAAGGUGAUGCUCUUUGUGGCUUUGUGGGCCAGCUCAGGGAGCCAGUUGCUCUUGGAAUAGGAUGAGAACAGUUACUACCUAAACCAAAUCCGGGGUCACAGAAGAGUAAAAGAAAUGUCAAGGCCUUAACCAAACUUUCAUAAUAAUCCCAAUGCCACCCUCCUUUGCUUGUAACAGGUUCCAUUUUUAAAAUCUAUUUGAACAUGUGUAUUUGUAUUUUUAAUACCUCAUGAGUAGUUGAACGCUGGCAGGGGUCGGGAACUGCUUUUAACAUAUUAGCAGGAUCAUUUUAGUCUUGUCUUGCUUGUGUUUUAAACAUAAUGGCAAUAACUUUUCAGCUCUACAUAGCUGUUUCAGGCAGAUAGGAGUUCGGAGAUGAGCUUGUGCAAAGCAGGAGAGAUUCAGUGUUCCCACACUGCAGCUGGUCUCUAGGCUUGCCGGCCUGCUUAUAUUCUCCCUGCCUGUCUGGGUGGAUGGUCUAUCACCAAAUGGUCAUCAUGUAGUGAUACCGCUUUCUCUGAUGGAUUCAGCUGUUGUAUCUGUAACACUUGUUCUAACCUUGCUGUCUUACCUGAAUGAGCUUAUACACCUGUAUACCAGCCAACUGUCCUAUUUCUAAGUGUUACUCUCAGUCUGUGCCACCAAGUCAAAGCUGUAUAACAAAGAUACUAUCAUCUGGCAGCAAUGAGAUGGCAAUCCAUGGACUCGAGACCUGCUGUCUGCCCUAAAGACUUGUGUAUUUCUGUCUGCAUCCUUUUGUGGAAGUAUCGUGUAUAUUUCUAUUUGUUGAAUGCAUCUAAAGAACAAAGCACUCCAGUAAAACUACUCCUGUUGUAGGAUAUACAUUCUAUAUUUCUGUAAUUCUUUUUGAGCCUCAGGGAGAAGCUAGCAUUUUUUUCAAACUACAUUUUUGUCACUGUGACAGUUGUAAAUAAAGUUUGAAAAUGCUUUCCAAACAUACUGGCUUCGUUCUUACUAAUGGAUGGGUUUGGAUGGUCGACUUCCCAGGUAAUGACCAGCCCUUGUUUCUGCUAUGAGGUGUGCUGAUUUGUAAGGUGAACAUAGAUACCCUGAAGUAUCAUGCCUGUCAGGUUGAGGCUAUCCUUUGAACCUGGAGGUACCUGUGCUCACCUCAGAGCAUGCCCUAUGAGAUCGUGAACCCAAAUCAACUUGGAGAGUGUGGGGCAGCAUCUUUGCCUUCCAUCUUCCUACAGUUGCUUAUUGCUGUGUGAAGGGCUGCUGCAAAGAAAUGUUCAGUUUUUCUGUCCCAGAAUUUCAUUUUAGUUAUCUUUAUGACUUCAUAUCUUACAAAGGUUAUAAAUCUAGAAUUCAUAUCUAAUGUCCUGACUUAACCCUGCAGAGCAUGAAGCCACAAUAAUGAAGAGCUGCAGCUAUUCUAAUUGUGCUUAGUAGUAGUAUGGUACCUGUGCAUCUUACCUCCCCUGAGCAACAAGUAUGAAGAUGUCUUGCCCUGCAUGCUGUCAGGGCUUCAGCCAACCUAUGUAUGUUGUCUGCUUUGGCCAUUUUGGGUCUAGAGGGCAGCUCUGGAGCAGCCAGUUAUGCUUUGCAGUGUACCUGUAGUUGUAUGCUUCAGUUUGCAGUGCUGUCAGAGGAAGAUCUAGAAGAAACUGCAUUUGAGCGUGGCUCUGAACCUGUUUGGUGUAGCAAUCUGACCACAGUAGGAUUCAUUAAUUCACACUGUAUACUUAAUGGGGUUAUCUCUUCCCCUAAAACGAGAUGAUAAGCAAAUGCCAUGGAACGUUCAUAUCUUUCAGAUGCACGGAGAAAAGCUCCUGUAAUUCAGCAAGUAACAGGCUCUGAUCUUGGCUUUGUAAAUGAGAUGGAUGGUUAAAAUAUACUAAUGGCCCUUGGAUUUAAUUCCUGAACUGAAAGCAUGUUCAAUAUGAACCCCACAGUUCAAAGAUUAAUUGUAUUCUACUCAACCCUUGUGGAUAUUUUAUGCUAUAGAAAAGAAAUGCAGUGUGGGUGGAGCUUGAAUCUCCUGUUCCUGAAUCAGCCUCUAGUUAAGGUGCCUUGGUUUCUUUUCCAUGGGUAUAGGGUCCUUUUCUUUAUGUAGAAGAAGCUGCAGCACUUCCAGGAUGAGGUACUGGUCUCAGACUUCUAAUUCACAGAAUGGUUGAGGUGAGAAGGGACUUCAGGAGGUCAGCUGGUUCAACCCUUCUCAUGCAGGGCCUUAUGGAGCCCAGGACCAGAUCCAGAUGUCUCUGUCUUCCUUGGUCCUUGGAUCCAUCUGUUAUGGGCAAACUGGAACUUGCAUCGCCAAAUUAAAAUUAUUUGGUGAUGCAAUGGGUGGCCCUGAGUCACCUUGAGGGCACCAUUGUGGGUGGUGCAAGGACUUUUCUUUGCAUAUAUAGCAAUUGAUUUCUGUUCUUACCCUCAUCCCUCCCACCAAAAGCAAUAUGUUUGGGUGUCAUUUAAACUUAAUGUGUUUGUUCUCCACACAACUUUGCCCUACAAUUGCAAGUGGUGAUACAGCAAGUUGUGCACUGCUGUCCUGCUUAGCUCAGUCUGUUCCCUCUCCCAAACACUUGCUAUUUUUGGUGUGUAUCCACCUCUUUGGCUUUAUUGGAACAUGUACUCACCUGAGACACACUGAGUAGGAGAACUUUUGGUACCUGGGUGCAGGUAGGUGAAAUUACUGCUCUGCAACAAAGAUAAUAUGCUGUCACCAGGGCAUGUGGAGGGUAAUGACUGCAGUAAGACCUCCUUACUGAAGGUCCUGCUUUGCUGUAACCAUGUUCCUCUUUGCCUCUGUGAGUGGGAGAACCAGUGUCACCAUCCCAUAGCCAAGUAAGGAUGGCCGAGGCCUUUUCCUUCCCAUUCAGGCCGCUGUGUGAAGUUCGCAGAAGCUGAGGGCAAGGAGUUUAAUCCCUAUGGUUGCUCCCUGGGCCCUCCCAGAGGGUGCCAGCCAGGCUGGCUCUUCCCGUCACCAGAAUGGGAGCAAAAUCUCAUCUGAAGGCUAAACGUAGCGUGGUGGCUGCGCUGGUGCCUGGCCGGGACUUGUGAGGUGGUCAUAACAAAAAAUGAAAGCUUGUGAGCACUGUUUGUAGUCAGGGGAGGAACGCGGUUUCAGGCCCAACACCGCUGCACCGGCAGGAGAGGGCCUGGUGUGGCCUGAGAGCCAGUCCUGACAAUGAAUCUACAGAGACGUACUUUUUGUCAUAUUAAAUCAGCCUUUAUUCUGCCAGUAAAGAGCUUUUUACCUAAACAGCCCACGCUGUCAUCCCCACAAGGGUCACUUUUUCCACGUUAACGCAACCCUCCAGCCUCACACUUGGGCCCACAGACCUCUGCUACACACCCAGCCCAGGGUACCCAAGCAGGGCGAGCGGGAGCUGGGAUGUGGAGCCCGGCUGUCACAGCAGGCUGCAGUCACAAGUGAGGCACGACAAUGUCAAACACUCUAUUUUGAGAGUCUUGAGGGGUGGGAGCACUGAGCGGGGAGGGAAAGCCACAAAGGAAGCAUGCACUGAGCACUUGUUCACUGCCAGCACUGUAACCACACUGUUACUGUAGCAGCGACCAUCAGCUUCAUCUGAUAAAAAUAAGCAAGGAAGUCAAGUGUGCAAGAGGGAGAGGAUGUCAGAAGCCACGCAUGAAAAUAUCACAGCAGCCUUGCUUUUAUUUUCAACACUUCCUUCUUUUUUUCUGCAGCCAGUGAGCUCGGUGGGCAGGUAUUUCCCACAGCACUCCCUGCAGCAAGCACGGCUUUCCCAGACAUCCCAUGCUCUGGGUUUCUGCGUGGCUGCUGGGUUUGCUGGGAGCUGCACGGCCAGACCCAUGGCUUUGCUGCAAGCUGCUGCUCCUGCAGGCUCCACAGGCCGAUGCUCUCAGUUAUGCAAAGGCGGAGUUGGCUGCAAGCUGUGCUCAUGGAAGAAAAGAGGGUGGAGGAAUUUCAGGUGUUUGAAAAUCUUCCCCACAGGUUGUCUGCAUCCAGCAGCCUGAGCCAGGCGGGCUGCAAUCAGCUCGACAAAUAUUUGCCAAGCGUAGGCCUUCCUGCACUGUGUUUGAUGACUCUUUUCCAUGGGGGUGGCUGCUGGUGCUGUGGCUGGCGGCUCUGCUGUGCGUGCUGCCUGUGGGGUGAUGACGGACCCCUUCCAAACAGCGCCUGCUUGGGGAUGGGAUGGUGCCCUCUCAGUGUCCUGUGGUGUGGGGAUGGGCAGGCUGGAGCCAGGCAUCCGUGGAAGCUGCAGCACUUGCAAACAGUAAACACCCUUGCAAACAACCUUGUGUGGGAAAACCCUUUGCAGCACGCAGAGAGCAGUGUGCUCACAGGAUUUGCCACUCAGCCCCCCUCUUCCCUCCUCCCAUGCCUGAGAAGCUUGUCACCAUCCACACUGCCUUCUAAGCAAUUGUUUUAAUCCCUUAAUGCUCCAGCAUUACCUUUGACACCUUUGCAGGAGGGGUGAGGUGUGGGGGUUGCAGCAGGUGCCGGAGAAGGUUUUUUUGUGCACAAACCCACUCUACAGGUGGGAGUAAGGGGUUUGCUGGGGUCUGUCUGCCUCGCCAGGCUGAUCUGCUCCGGGAUUAUGAUCCUGUGCGCCAAGACAAGGGAGCUUUGUGUUUUUUAAUCUUGCGACCUGUCUCCCUGUGGGACAUUCAGCUGAGCUAAAGCGGGGUUUGCCAAAAUGUGCAGCACUAAGAUAUCAGUUCCCAGCAGGGGCCUGCUCUGGGUAUCUGUUUGCAGCGAAGGCCAGGGCUUGCAGGUGUUUUUCUGGGGUGCAGACAGCCUUGCUGUGUGCCACUGAGCACACGCAGGGUGUCAUGGCCCUUCCCAUGGCCUUUCUGUACUGCCCCAUGUAUUUUGGGAAGACCACGUUCUCCCAGUGCACACUGCCAGCAGUGUCAUCCCUGGUUUCUCCCUGUAGUGUCUGCUGCUGCUGCUGCUGCAGGGGUGAAGGAUUCCUCUGUGAUCUCUACCUUGUUUCAUCUGAACACCGAAAUCUCUCUAACUUCUACUGACCUCUGCAAAAUAUUUUUGGCCACAUCUCCUGUGGAAUAUAACGUUUAACAGAAGUGAGUGGUCAGUGCUUUCUGGAAGAUUUCUGUACCUUUCUCUCCCAGCAAACCCUUGUCUGCUUGGGUGAAAGAGCUGUCAAGUUUGAGGACGCUUGGUAAGAAAAAAAUAUCAAGAGUCACCGUGGAGAGAUACUUUCUUUGAGUUUUGCAUGGGAGGACGGAGAAAAGCUCCCAGCUGCAAGCACCAACAGCACCUCAUGUCCUGGCACUGGGCUCACCACGCACAGCUGCCUUCAUCUUAAUUAAAGCCUGAGAGUCUAGCCCGAGAUAAUUGUUUCGUCUCUUCCUGUACUCCACAGAGGAGGUAAACAUCUCCAGAAGAUGAUUCAUGUUAACAGCCUAUCUGGAAAGAAUGACUUCUUGGAGGUCCUCCGGCUCUAAAUAAAGAGAUUUAGAUAACCAGGUGGUUUGCAUGCCUGGCUCUCAGGUAACUGAAGCUGAACCUCACCCCUCAUUUCCCUUGUGCUCUUGCCUUACAGGAUUUGUGCCUUCAUGCGUCGAGGCCUCUGUUUCUGUAGCAUGAAGAUGUUCAUGUACGCACAGCGUGUUGAGUUUGGCCACUUAAACUUCACGUUCCUUGAUCACCACCAAAAAAAAAAAAAAACCUACAAAAAAACAAACCCACACAAACCAAUAGAGUGUGAAAUAAGAUGAAACAGGGAGAACAAUAAGCAAAACAGGGACUGGGAAGAGUGAGAGGAACAUGGUAAGAAUGCGGAAAGAAGACGGUAAGAGCACGCUCAUACUGAAAUCUGCAGUAGAUCCCAUGGACUUUAGAGAGACUUAACCCCAUGCUGAAUGCUAGACUUGAGCUUAGUACUUGAUCUAGCAGAUGGCAACCCUGCCUGUGGCAGGGGAGUUGGAACCUGAUGAUCCUUGAAGUCCCUUCCAAGCCAUUCUGUGAUUUCAGCAAUGGACUUUUCCUGUCUUUUGGCUUUGGCACUGCUGGACAGCCUGAUUCUGGCUGCUUCCAUGCUUCCACACACGGGUUCCCUUCCAGGGAAACCUCUGGCUAUGGACGUGCCUUUGACCACACCGUUGUCUUUCUGUGUGCAUCACAACAAACGACAGACAAACACUGUCUGCUUACCAGGAAUUCAUGCCUUGUAUGAUUCAGGAAGAGUUGCUCUUUCCACUCUAAUUUCUCUCAUGAAAAUGUGGUUGGCUUGAGUAUUUCUCUUGAGCAUUUUUCUGUUCCCAUACAAUCCAGCAAUGACCAGAUGCUGUCAGUGAUGGUUCACCUGUGCAGGCUGGCUGCAUCUGAAUCCUUCUGUGAUUUCUCCUUUGCCAGAACCUUGCAACCAUUGGUAGCAGAUGUCCCACCGGGGAAGAAUACAUGGGGACCAUCAGCAUGGCAAAGGAAACAGCGGUUUCCCCUGUUUCCUCCCUGAAUGCAGGCUCUGUAACACCUCUUGAAGCAUUUUGUAGGAUAAAGACCCAUGAGCGGCGACUUUCCCAUGGAGAGUGCUCCUCUAGGAAAGGCCUUUGAGUCGUCUCCCUGGCCUGGCCUCAUAAGUGACUUCAUCUCCAGUCUCCACAGAUACCAAGGAACUUACUCAACAGAUGAAGUUAUGAUGAACAACAGGAACAUGCCUUGACUUCUCUGCACUGUGCUUCAAAGGAGUUACGUGGUUAUGCUGUUUAGAAAAUGGUGAGUUAUCUUCAUACCUUCAGCCGUAGAAGUUACCAUCUCUUAGCCUCAACCAUGAAGAAUAAGGCCAACUGCAGCAGAGGAAAUGUAAGAAAUAAAACACAGCUAGAGUAGCUCUCGGGGCCUGUUAUGCUCGUUUCAAUCCUAUUUCACUUCUAUUUAAUCCCUUGGUUUCAGGUAACAGGACUGAUCAGUACAAGCUAGGGGAUUUAAGGACAGAGCACAAGCCCUGCUGUAAGGGACCCGGGGGUGCUGGUGGAUGGCAAUAUGGACAUAAGCCAGCAAUGUGCCCUCACAGCCUAGAAAGCCAACUGAAUCCUGGGCUGCAUCCAAAGCAGUGCAGUCAGCAGGUCAAGGGAGGUGAUCCCACUGCUCUGCUCUGCACUAUGAGACCUCACGUGGAGUACUGUGUCCAGAUGUGGAGUCCUCAGCAAAGGACAGAUAUGAACCUGUUGGAGUUUGUCCAGAGGAGAGAACACCUCCCCAUCGAGGACAAGCAGUGAGAGUUGGGGCUGCACAGCCUGGAGGAGACCUGAGAGCGGCCUUUCAGUAUCUGGAAGCGGGCUGUAAGAAAGGAGGGGACACCUUUUAGCAGGGUCUGUCGUGAGAGGACAAGGGGAAAUGGUUUCAAACUAAAAGAGGGGAGAUUUACGUUGGAUAUAAGGAAGAAGUUUUUUACAAUAAUGGUGAUGAGGCACUGGCACAGGUUGCCCUGGGAGGUGCUGGAUGCCCCAUCCUUGGAGAUAUCCAAGGUCAGGUUGGACAGGGCUCUGAGCACCUGAUGGAGCCGUGGGUGUCCCUGUUCAUUGCAGAGGAGUUGGAAUAGAUGGUCUUUAAGUGUUCCUUUCAACUCAAAUGAUACUAUGAUUUUAUGAUGCAAGGGUGGAGGAGGUCUCAGGUGAAGAGAACUGAUAUUGGUGAGAAACCCUGCCUGUUGCCACAGGGCUCUGGUGGUCUUCAGACAUAUAUAGUUAGUAGGCCUAAGGCCAUGUGUGACCGAGAAGAAAAGCUCCUGCAGUAGAAAAUUCCAAUCAUCGACUUAAUGAGGACAAAAUUCGUAUUUUUAUUGGGGGGAAAAAAAAAAAAGACAGUAAAAAGCUACAAUUGAGGAGUCCAUCCUUGAACUGUGGCUAAAUGGCAACUGGAAAAACCUAGAAUUUAUAAAUGAAUGUCACAUUUUCCUUUAUAUGUGCUGGACCACCUGGAGCUCCUCUGGGCACCUGGGAGCUGCAGACUGCAGAGCGAGCAUCUCUGACCUUCAGCUCUGAAGCAGCGCCCCCGUUCUGGGCAUCUUUUGUAACAGACCACAUGGAGCUUCCAAUUAUAUUGGAGAAGGUGUUGCUCUGCCUCUGUCAUCACCUGCCUGGGAGAGCAAUAUAUUGUUUAAGAGCAGGAAGUGGAGAAGCAACAGCUGCUGUCACAGCUCAGCAUCUUGAAAACUCCCUGAGGGCAGAGAGCUCCUCCCCAGGCAGAGUAGGAACUAUGUUUGAAAUGUUUUUGUUGUUGUUGUUGUUGUUUUUUAAUUAAAAAAUACCAUUCUCAUCUGCCUUUGCCACAGCACAGAUUCCCUACAGGCUGAGCGAUCUCUAUCCGGCUGAAACACAUGUUCAACAACAAGAACAUACCCUGCCAGCUAUUGGAGCAGAAGGCCUGAUGAAUCUGUCAGUGUGGGAGUCGACUUGGUGCAGACAAGUCUGGACCUGGUUGGAGAGGUCACGGUCCAUUGGACAAGUCAUUGUGACCUCUGGGCACUGACACUGAGCCACUUGCAGUCUCUCAUCCCUCUCCAUCACUGACACAGAGCCAAGCAAAACACACGGAAGUGUCCCCAGACACAUGCAGUUCAUGCUGCUGGGGAGACCUAGUGUGAAACUCCAUGCCUGUCCACUUGAACCAAAACACUUCUCGUCCAAGAGCGCUGUUGACCAAGGGCAAGGCUGAGCGCCCAGGGAAAUGAUGCCGGUGACUUGCUGUGGGUCCCUGGCCAAGACAUGCAACUUCUCAGUGCUUUCAUUUCCCUGACUGUAGAAUUUGAGCAAAAAUCCCGUAGUGCUGUCUGACAGAAAGCUGUACGAGUCCCGGGAACUCUCACCCUCACUGCUCCAGCAAUGCAGAAUAACCCACUUCAACAACCCAUAGUGCAGUUCAGAAGUUAUACAACAGUGGUGGUGAGGCACAAAUGUGGCCAACAUUUAUAAGCCUGUAACAGCAUACUAAAUGCCACAUACAUGCUAUGGAGUGAUAUGUCUAUUUUUUUUCUCACUUGCAACUCUUAAGACGUUUUUUUCCUUCUUUCUUUUCUCUUUCUCUCCCUUUUUGGCUACUCACAAAGAAGAUACAGGAAGGGCAGAGCAGCAGUGCACGUGAAAAACUUUAGUUCUUCAUACACUAAGAUGAUGCAUGGGAAGUUCACAAGUAAGCACUGAUUCCCUUAACUCUGGGGACGUUUAGAGUCCAGUUUGCUGCUUAACUCUUAGGACUGCAGAACAGGUGGGCUAUGGUCUCUCUUCUCUAGCAACAGAAGCUUGUGAGUGCCUUCUUCAGCAGCAGCAAUAAAGGUCAAAGUCGAAGUGGAUCUGGCUUUGUCUGUGUGAGAGGGAAGGGCUGCACAAAAUGGCCUUAUAUCCUGGGUGACUUUGGCAGCCCAAACAGCACAGCACUCAGCCCUGUGGCUAUCACUGCCACAUGGAAACUCCAAAGGACAGACAGAUGGGUAUCUUUCCAGUCACUGGGGAACUAAUACUACCAGCACCCUUUUGAGAAUGGGAGAAGGGCACAGCCCCAAACGGGCACACUCUCAAAUGCACAAACACACGGCUUCUGACAAAGGAGAGCUUCUGCCAGGAAGUCUUUCAGUGGUUUUCAGCCUACAAGUGUGAAGCUGAGUGCUCACACCUGUGCGUAAGGACUCUGUAGUCAGCCAGCAGCCUGUAUAUUAAAAGCCCUGAGCACCCAUUAUUUUUGUUGUCGUCAGUAAGAGAUAAAUACCCUUAUAAUGGAUCUAAGGAUGACAGACUAGGAACCCAUGUGGUGUUUAUUGGUUUGUUUGUUUGUUUUCCUGCCAUUAUCAGUCAAGAUAUGACUGUCUCCGAAACACCGACCUUCUGUUACUGGACAUAACGUGGGUGGUUCAUUAUGUGAAGGGAAAAGAUCACAGGACUAUUUUCUCCUAAGACCUUACAGAGAAAAGAGCUGUGUCACUUUAUCCGAAAACAGAGAUUUCAUGAUGCUAUUGUGCCUGCCCACUGACCACAGCCUGUGAUGCAGGUGCUCAGGGUUGGUGCUGAGCAUCCUCUCACCGCAGCCUUGUUGGCUGCUCUCACUGCAGGCAUGCGUGGGUUGUGGUGGCCAAAGGCUUUGUGGGCUUGGUAGUAAAGGUAGUAAAGGCUGCAAUGCUUUUCCCAUUCAGAUACACAAUAGAUUUUCAUGGUACUGUCAGCCUGCCUCGUCACUGCCUUGCACAGUCAUGCACAAUGGAGCGAGCUUGGCAUUAGGUGUAUUUUCAGCUUUGCUGUGUUUUUCUCUCCCACUGAUAGAAUAUCACAGUGCUUCACCCCUCUGCCCCGUGCUCUGCCUUCUGCAGUCUGGCCCUUGCCUAAUCAAGACAGCUUUCCUGUUGUGAACUGUCGAAGCUGCAAUAAACAGCAUAUCCAUUUCUCCAUUUAUCUGCUUUUUGAAUUCCAGCCUGCGAUGCCACCAAUAAUUACUCAGUUUCUAUAUUUGGAGAUCAUCAGCACCUCCUGAAUAUCAAAUUGUACUGUUAUUAUCUCUGCACAAUAUGGGCCAGUCUCCUAUCAGUGUAAACAUUUAUAUCAGUGAUUAUCACUAGGACGGUUAGAGAUCCCAAAAUAGACAAGGCUGAACAGGAGUCUGCUGUUAUUUGUUUGUUGGGGAGGGCAGAGAGAGAAGCAGAAGAGCAGAUGGAGUUCUGAUAGCACAGAGCCCAUCCACUAUCGGUGUGGGAAGGCUGAUGUGUGGGGCACCCUACCUGGUGGGAUCCCUGGGAGCAAGUCGUAGAGUCCUCUGAGCCCAAGCACUACUCUAACAUUCUUGGCAUUGGGGUGCCUUCUGCACAGACCUGCUGCCCCACAAGCAAAUUCCCUUGAAUGCUCCCUUGGAGCUUGUUUUCAGACUCUUUCCUUGCCCAGGAGAAGGGGAUCUCAAAAGUUCCAAUCUGACCAGUUUGGAAAAUCACAGAAACUUAAUUUCCAAAUUACGUAUUCAAGUAAUUUUACUGUCAGCAUUAGCUGGCUGGGGGAAAUGGUUGACGUAUCUUCCUCAGUGCCAGAGAAUGGCUGUGUCUGAAGGCAUUUGACUCCCAAGGCAGUGCUCGCUUUUGGCUUGCAAUGAGAAUGCUCUGAUCUCAGGCAAAUGGCAGGGUGCACAGACAGGAAGGUGGUGAGGGACUGCCUGUAAAUGUGUAAAUGUUAACGACAUGGAUGAAUGUCAGUGGGUUUUUGCACUUGCUGUGGAUUUUUUGUGUGUGUGUGUGUGUUUGCUUUGUUUUGAUGGACGUGCUGGAUAGCAUAGAGAAGUGCUGAUCUAAACCUCUAUUGUCAACCAGCUGAAGCUCAGCGGCUUUGGCUGCCUCCUAGGAGACCCUUUCCCUGCUGCGAAUCUUCAGCUGAGGAGACUCCUUGGGGACAUUCCCUUGCCAUCACCAUCUUUCAGAGCUGUCAGGAUGCUUUAGCAGCUCUUGGCAUGGCUUUCCAACUCUUGCUUGCCUUCAUGAGCCUAACUACAUAUGCUGUUUUCCAUGCAGAUCUAUACCUCCUCACUUCAAGGUUUGUUUGUUUGUUUUUUUUUUUUAAAUUAAAGUCAUUAAUAAUUGCAAUGCUUAAUGGAAUUACCUUUUGUUUUAUACUUCUCCCUGUAAUUACUUCUCAAGGGUGUUUCCUUCGUGGGUAUGGCUAGGCAGAGCCACCCGAUGGCAGCAUGGGAAACACAGCUCUGGGUCUGCUGCCCAGCCUGUAGACCGAGACAGCGGGGUCACAUCUCAGUCCUUAACUCUUGCCACCCAGAAAGGGCAUCACAAUGGAUUAUAAACACUUUUUAGUUUGUGUGCAUAAAGUGAGGUGGCUAAAAUACAGACAAGAAGAAAGGAUAGCUUGUUCAUCGCUGGCCCUUGGAAGGAGCCCAGGCCAAGGGUGGUAGGUGAGUUGCUCAAGGACAGUACUGGUGAGACUAAGGGACACCGAGAGGUAAAAUCUCAUGAGAACAAUUGAUGCUGUGAGAUUGCAGGCUGUGUGAUUCCACAGUGUUUUACCCCAACGCAUUGGCAUGCAGAUACCCAAGUACAUGUUCUAGUUUACAGCUCAAAGUCCUUCAGUAACACCAGAAUGACGCCCUAGCAUUGUAUUGUCUGUUCCGGAUAGAUAGAAAAGACUUAGUAAAUAUGCUGGCAUCUUAGCAGUUCCUCACCCCUGAGACUGCUGUGUUAUACCUCCCCCCACAAUGGUUUCUGCCCUAAUUUCUAACACCAGCUCUCUUUUCAAAGAAACCUCUGCCAGAAGAGGACGUGACUAAGCAAGAGAGGAAGCUUAGCUGCAGCAUAGGGCGAGUGAAACAGAAAAUAAUCAUUGAGUAAACUAGUCCAUUCAGAAGGGGAAACAAACGCAGAGCAUUCUCUGCAGCCUUGGAGAGCUCUCACUGGCUCCAGCACAGCUGGCCCAGAGGUGCAAACAGUGUGCAAGGCAGGAGGUAGGGACCGAAGGGCAGUGCAGGGCACCCGGCAUUGCAUCUGUUUCACAGGGGGCUCUUGUACGUGUGUUUAUGCUGCAAGGAAGCUGUCUAUGUUUGGUUUGGAAAAGCGUUGCUUGCUUUAACAAAACCUGAAUUUAUCCCUGUAAUCCUUCCCUGCAUCUCCAUGGCCAGAUUGGAGCAGCCUGUGGAAAAAAUUCCUGUCUAUUUUCAGAAAUAGAUAAAAGCAUUCAGAUUACAGAGUGCAAAUCUCAGCUCGAAACGACUGGAAAAAUCCAUUCGGUGCCACUGUCGCUGACCCCCGCGACCUCCCCAAGUAAUGAGUUUCAGCCUCUUCUCCCCCUCCCGUGUCCUUCUCCCGCCGCCUCCACCGCUGCUCCCGGAGCCGCAUCUGCAAAACGUCAGCCCAGCGCCCAGCUGUGUGUCCCACGGGGAUGUGAAAGGAGCUCUGCGGAACAGCGCCGUUGGUGGAAAUUAUUAUCGAUCUGGCUGCUCGAGACUCUUAGCGGGGGCUCUUUAUGCCGGCAUUCCCGCGGCUGGCAAACUCAGCCGAGGGCUCUUUGCCUCCAACGUCAAACCGCCUGGAAUCGGCUCCUUCGGAUGCGCUCGUCUCAGAGCCGCGCUCACUGCUGCACCUGGAGUCGGCCCCGCCAUCCCUGGGAGCUCCUGGAGCAAAGGAGCCUUUAGCAUCGCUUCAUGAGCUUGAAGGUCCAGCGGAGGAGAUUAGCGCUCACUGGAUGGGGUUGCGUGUUUUAGGCAGCCCCUGAGGCUCGAUGAGCUCCUGCUCGUGGUGGAUUUAGCAAGCAAAAUAUUAAAUGCAACCGCAGUGAGCUUACGUUUCACUCGUAUUUCACUUUUAUGGAUUGCAGGGAGAGUCUCCAUAAUUAAUAUAGCGAGGAGUAGGGCACCCAGCUGAACGAAUGCUUUUGAAAGAUUAACCUUGACAGGAUUUCUUUUCUUUUUUUUUUUUUUUUUUUUUUUAAUUUAGAACUUCAUUUUCCUUUCCGUAGUGCUCAGAGCAGAUCCGGGAUGCUGAUUGCUUUGUGCCCUGCUCAACAAAGCCUCUCACAGAGGCCUCGUGGCCCUCUGCUGGGGCUCACCCAGCUGCUGAGCACCAUGCUUGCUUCUCCUCUGACAAGCAACCUGCUUUAGUGAGGGUGCUUCAAGGCAACCUGUAGCACAAGGCUACAGCCAUUGGCUAUGUGGUUCUUGAAUGACUUCAGAAUAGAUUGAGAUCUUUGACUGAAAGUCUUCACCAUGGCAUCACGUACAAUAUCAGCACAAACGAUGCAUUCUGUAAUCAUAAAUGUAGGUCUGGAUUUCUGUAUGCCUACGAGCACAUACACAUGCAUGAGUAUUUGCACGCGUGUCCUUCCAAGUCCAAACAGAAUCACAGAAUGGCUUGGGUUGGAAGGGAGCUUAAACAUCACCUAGUUCCAACCCCAGACACAGUCCAUCUGAACAUACAGGUGAACAAUAUACCUUGUAUGUUGAACACAAGGGCCAAAACAUACUGGAAAACACAACCCAUAUUAUACUCUCCAAGCUAAGAUUGGAGUUUGUUUUCUCUCACUGUCUUAUCUUUAAGGCCUAAAGAAAUACACACGCACACACAGCCAAAAUAACCUGACUCCUGAGCUCACUUCAGUGGCUUUCGUUCACUGCAAGCAGCUGCCAGAUGAGAACUGCAGCAUUUGCAAGUGGCUGCUGAAAUUUUAAAAAGCUGUAGAAUAGAAUCAUCGAAAAAAAUACAAAAUUGCUCUUCUUGUGCAAUACUGUGGGCAUUUCUUAUCAUCUCUUACAAAGGCUAUUUUGGUAUUGUAAGUGGUCCAUCUGAAACAAGGAAUGCAAUGUCAUUAUCCAAGAGAAUGGGUACUCAGAUAGGAAUACCACGGGAAGGACCAUGAUUGUCUCUAAAAUUGAUGCACCUUAGAGAAGUGUGAGAGGGUAUGUAGUGAUUCAAGGUUACUGGUCCCACAGAUGCACAAUACAGGCUGAGUGCACGAGCCAAAAUGAUACCUGCAUAUAAAAAUGAGGGCGUUCGUUAGAAAGAGAAAAUGAAUUGCACGUUGUAAAAAGUUCAUGUUAAGUAUCUUCAGGAGAUCUGGAGGUGUCUGUGUGCUUAUGAUGAGCCUGAGCAUCGUGGCAAUGCUUUCUCUGAGUAAAAACUAACCUACAGUGAGAAACUGUGUGAAAAUCCAGAGAAGGAAUCAACUCCAACUCAUGUGGAAGAUGAAACAAGCCUGUGAUAUCCUGUUCAUUCACCGGGGAGCCAUACUUAUCACCGGAUUGUUAUAUACCCUGUAUGAUCCAAGUGCUUAAAAUUGCUUUGGAGUGUUGACAUCAGCUGAGAUGAAUGAAAGCAAUUCACAGGAUUGAGGAUCAUCCCGCAGUAUGUAAUGACCCCAGGAAUAUCUCCCCUUUGCAGAACUCUUGCUCAUUCCAGGAGUUCCCAUGGCAUUACACGAACUCUGCACAGGAGAGCUCACGUCAGCUCCCCUCGCCAAGCUCCCCUGCUGCGGGUUGAUGCUGCUCACUGCAAAACUGCUAUGCUGCAGAUGGCCGUGGGGAUGGGCCUUCCGGAUAAAAAAGAGAUGGAAAGAAUUGCUAGGGGGAAAGAGAGCAAAGAACAGAACUAAAUGGAGUUGUUUCGAUACAGAUGGGAAAGAUGAGUCCUCUCUGAAACUGUCCAGACAGCCCCUCUUGCCUCAGCCCACGUCACAAGAUGUGUUUGGACAGUCAGGAGAAUGGCUGGCUGCGUUAUCCAAACACUGAGCAGCGCACCGCACAGCCCUGCUGUUAGCACUGACUUGUCCCAGCUCUCCUCAUCUGGGUCUGUGGAUGGAGGGAUGAGCGGAUCUAUCUGGAGAACUGCCUGUGGACGUCUCCUGUUGUCUCUUUGCUACCGGUUGGGCUAUUUCUCAAGGAUGCCAGCUCUGCCUUUUCCCUUUUGUGUCCUUCCUUGGUCCUGGCUCUUGUUCUGCUCCUUUGUUUUCUGGAGUCAAGGCCUCAUAUUGUUUCAGUGAAGGAUUUAAGGAAAGGAGAAAGGGCCUCCUCUUUUUCUCAUAUCUGGGGAAGGUAGUUUGAAAGGGUCUCAGAAAGAGUCACUUAGGUUGUCCAAAUAAGUUUCUAGAUUGAGAGUGGGCACAAAGUAUAUGUUAGUCAGGCAAAAGUCUAUCAUGUGCAAAGCCUGGAAAAUAGCCAAAUCCUCCAAACUCAGCGUUUUCCACUCAUGCAUUCCCAAUCAUUUCUGACUCUACGUCUUCAUCCCUGAGUUAUGCUUAGUUUUGAGCUUAACUGAAUACAGUGAAGAAUCCAGCCUAGAGCGAACUGAAUUAAUAUCCAGCCCCUGUGUACCCAUAAGGUGGGUAAGAGAAUGGAAGGGCAGAGCAGUACAUUUCGUAAUAAAAAAGCCAUCCAUCUCCUAUAAGACUAGGUUUGACUAAAUGAGUGAAAUCCUUUAAGUCUUUCAGACUGAAGAUCAACACUUUCAUCAUCAUCCCAAAUCACGUAUAAGCAGCUGCAAAUGAUGAAAUGCAUUUGGAAAUACCUCUUACAGCUGGCCUUGGGCACCAUUCAGCAUGGAGCAGUAGCUUCCAAAUAGGUUGAAACCCAGCUACUGGACAGAGCAGGUUAUAGCAAUCCCACAGACAGAGAGGUGAAGGUCCCACCUCCAAGCUGGGAUGAUGCAACCUCCCAGUCAUGCACAACUGAGGAAAUUAAUCACUUUUGGAAGCCACAGCUAUUGCUUUCCAACCACCUGACACCAGGAAGCCUCAGAGACUCUUGUCCCCAGGGCAUACGGAUGUGGACACAACUUUUAUGAUAGUGACUCCAACUCUGACUCCAUUUUGCUGAUAACUGGAUGGGGGUUGAUGGCGUUCUGCUGCCUAAAUUCCCACCCUGCAGCUCUGCACCACGCAGGGACUGAUGCGGCACCUCAGUAUACAUUGUCAUUAAGUGGUUGAGCAGCCAGGUGGAAACUCUUCUAUCAGUAACACAGGCAGUGAAGUUGGGGUCCUCCACCAUGGCCUGGAGUGAAACUGCUCACCAGUCCUGACCUUGGGCAUGCUGCAGGAGCUAUGGGGCUCUCCUGGGGCAUCUUCACUAGAGGGAGGGAGUGGAGGCAGGUGGACCCUUGCCAACAAAACCAAGAAAGAGGGGUCUCCUACUCAUUAUCUGGAUAUAUAUUGCCAUUGCUGGUUUUGCCUGGCUUUAUGACUGUGCUCCCCUGAGCCUAAUAAAGAGCUGGGAAUGCAUGUGAGUGGUGGAAAUCCAUCUCUUUAAGAGCUCUUGGGGAGGGUAUGUUUAGUUUUCUCCGGUUUCUAAGUGGAGAUUGGAAUUCAGUCCUUUAUCAAGGGGAGCCAUGGGUAUAUUAAAUCCAGACAUUUUCUCUGCUGUUAACCACCUGGCAGAAAGGUUACACUAAUUACAUCAGAUGCAUUUUGUCACAUUUUCCUGCUUCCAUUAUGAGUUGUGAGGCUUAUGUCAGCGGAACUAUUCUGACCACAAGGAAACACAACUUCUCCUAUCUAUAUCUUCGUUCCCAGAUUAACUAGGUGACAAAGAGACACUCACGGGAGACGAGGCAGUGACAGAAACAGGCAGCUCUUGGCUUUGUAUAAUGAAACACUACAGCAGGGCAGAAAUGAUCCAACUCUGAUGCUGCAGCGCUCCAUUUGUGUGUGUGGGGUAGUGAGUUGACAGGCACUGUGCUAGUAGACAGCGCUCUAGAUUGUGGCAUGGACCUUGGCUUUGUAAGAGCAAUGAAAGUCUUUGCUGUGCUGUGCAAAUGGCUUGCCAUCUUUCCCCUAACGCUUAGCAGACAUGAUUGGAGUUGUCAUUGGGAAAACGACUGAAGCAGUGAAGCAGAUGUUGGCUUGAUCAGGAGAUAGAGGAAAAAAAAUGAGAACAAGAAGUGGGAGAGAAGCCAUGUUCAUCAUGCUACAGAUGAGCCUUUGCAUUCACUAACAAAUCUGCGCUCCUCCAGCAAAUAUUGCAGUAUUGCUAGCCAUCACCUCAGACCUUGUAUUAUCACUCAUACAAGCUGGACUGUCUGGUCUUCACCUUCUUUUCCUUCUUUAGUGUUUUGGUUUAUUUAUUUAUUCUUUUUCUAAGAGUGCCUCAGAAGUUGGAGAUGUUAAAAUGUUGGCCAGCCUUUGGUGGAAAUGGACGGUGCUAGGAUUCUCCUGGAGAGCAGCAGGGUUCAUUUUUAUCUCCACUCAAAAGAAGACUGCCCAGAGGUAGAAGUGGUAAAAGCUGUUUUUGGUAGAAAAGAAAAUGGAUGUCACAUUUAAAAGAAAGAAGCACAACAAAAAGGCACAGUUAAAAGGGGAGAAAGCUAAAGUAUGAUUUGAUUUGAUUCUUUCAAGAUGAGGCCCAGGCAUGAAACUGCAUUGAGAGACAAAACUCUUAAUGACAAAUCUUCUGACACGCUCCCACCAGAUGCGUAUAGAGGCUGGAAAUGACUAACAGGGAAGAAAUAUGGUAUUUUCUUACAUGAUGCAAUAAGAUGUGGUGCUUCCUGGCCACAUAUAAAAUUAAUUUAUAACAGAAACAUACCAGAAAUGCCUGAGGGUAACACUAGCCAUAGCAGAGCACUGGGGCUUUGCCUUAUUUUUCUUUCUAUCUUUUUUUUUCUUGAGCAUUGAAUAAUGGGGACAGCUGUCAUUUUUCUUAAAACAACUCCAAGAUGGGUGGUUGGAGAGAGAGAUCAAAGACCCACAUUUCCUAGGGUACACUGGGAGAAAGCUAUGGUCUAAUCAGAUCUUGUACACGCUCAGGUACAUGUAGGUCCUCCAUCCCACACGCUAGAAUAAAUCUUGAGGUUAUUUUUGCUGCUACAAUAACGACGUAAUGAGAUUAGCAUUAUUAGUUUGAAUAAUCGUAUUAUUGGCUCUGAUUUCACUUGUUCUUACUCUUGCUUUCUUCUAAUACACAUACACUGGUGGUAUCCAUUGCUGGAGUGAUUGGGAACAUGUCAAAUGGUUUUCAGUGGAUAGUUCUAAUGUCCUCUGAGCAUAGGGGAAAAAUACUCUUUUUGGUACUGAAACUAUGCAGUUUCAGGCUACAGUAACCUAUAAAAAGUCUCCCACUGAUUUCAGUAAGUUUUACCUUUAGGAGAAAAGGUCAGAGCAAUCAGAGUUGUGUAUCCGUACAAAGAAUGGGAAAGAGGGAUAGCCAAUCUUGUAAUGCAUUUUCAGUAGUAAAUUGACUUGAACCAAGACUUGUGUGUCUCAGAGGUCAGAAUGACAGCACGGAGUGGUUGGUGACAAAGAUCCAUGUAGGGAGAGAGGCAGAUUCAGGUGCUGGUUUCAACACUGCAGAUGUCCCUUCCUGCAGAAGGUGUACUUUACCCCUGACACAGGGAGCAGAAGAAACCACCACUGGAGAGUAGGUUGAGAGGCUGUGAAGAUGUAAUGAUUUAGUUAAGGGCUCUUUGCCUUAGCGUCAGCUCUUCCGCAGUGAUGCACAUAUGCAUUCUUAACUGCAGUGCAAUCCAAAUCCUCCACCUUGGUUAUCAUUUCAUCAUUCACACUCUAAGAAUUACCAUUUCCUCUAGACCUGCUGACAAAACUCAUUGUUUAUUGCUCACAGCAUGUCAGAACUGCUGGUUUUGCUUUUUCUGCAAGAUGUUUGGAGAACCACAUGCUUUUCCUGCAGCCAGCUUGAUCCCCUCUGUGCCAGCCUCAGCUGUUUGCAGUGAGACAGAGCAGAGGAAAACAGCAGCUUGAGACAGACCACGGGCAUUCCUGGGGUCUUGCCCUGGCAACAAUAAUGCUCUGGAGGGAUUAUAACUGGGAGGAGGCCUGAAUACAGCACCUGAGUGUUGGCUUUGCUCUGCCCCUCCAAACAGUGAACGGGAUGGUUGGAAAGAGAAAACUGGGAGAAAUUAUGUGCAGCAAAUUGAGAAAUGUGAGGGUUGUGUAUAUCAUGCAGUAAUGACAGAGUCAGGCACCCCAUUCUACCCAGAAUGUCAGCAGGUAGCAUAGAUAGGAAGGUCAAAGUUGUACACAUGAAAAAUGAGGACAAAAUGUAUGCACGCUCCUCAUAUAAAAACAAGCAAGCUUCGGCAGCUUGCAACCUCUCCAACAAGAACUGGGGUAAUGCCUGGCUGGCCACUGAGCUGUUGCCAUAGCACACUCAUGAACGGCUGCUAAUGUUGAAGCCAGAGAAACACAGAUGAUUAUUUAUUAGUUACUGAGUUUUGUAAGACUGGACAUAUAUUUCUCCAUUUCUCCAGGGUGGGGAGAAAAUUCCUGAGGGUCCCCAGCACCAAUGGCAAACAGCAGCUUGUGUGUGAAGACCAUGGGCAGGAGCAAGCUACUGGGAGUGCUGCUCCUCAUUCCCCUGCAGCAGCUCACUUGGCCUCACUUUACUGCCUUGGUCUGACAGGCCCCUGUAGAUGAGAGCUGGCUCUUGCAGUUUGUCAUCCCAUGUUUUAUUUGCAUCAUGCUGGAUCUGUCCAGGUGGUUAAACAAAAGGCAUCUUUUUUUUAUUAUUAUUGUUGUUGUUUUUACUGUGCAAUUGCUAUGCUUUUUAUUAGCCUUUGGUUUUCCUGUGAAGAAUCAACUCCGGAAACUUGGAUACGAUCCUCUGGCUCACAUUAGAAAAAGAUAAUAAAAUCCUGGGAAUGUUUUCACCAAACAUCUUUUCCCAUCUUGAAAAAUGCGCUUUUCUCUUCUGAUUUGUUCCCUGAUUUAGGGAAGAUUUCUUCCUGACUUGCCAGUUUUUCUUCUGUUCAGCAGACCUGAGCUCUCCAAGGCUUGCAGGGACAUUACUUCUGCUCCCCACCACCCUUCUGACUCUCCACACACCUACAAGGAAGUCACUUACUUCCGCAUCACUCCGGAUUGUCCAUCUGUCAUCAUAUGAUAUAAUAUUUACUUACCUUUUCGAAGCAUUUUAAAUCUCUGUAGGAAUGCAUUAUAGAAGUGCGUUAGUAUUAUUCUCCGUUGUGUAACUUUGAGAAAUGACUUAUGCAAGGCUGGCUCCUCUGUCCCCUUUCUGAUCCCCAUCCAUUGUUUGGGUUCUUCUGUCUCCUCCAGUUUCCCAGUAACACCCUCAGGCUCCUACCCGGACCCUGGGGAACAACCACCCCGUCCCCUGUAUGUUGCUCCAGAAACAAGCAGCUUCAUACUCAAAAGUUGCUGCUUCUCUUCCUGCUCUUCUGCUGAACACGCCUGCGUGUGAGUCCCAGUAUAUGUUUUCAGAGGCUCCAAAAUGACUUGUAUGAUCUUAAAGCAACCUUUUGUACGAUGGGAAAACCGAAGACCUUGGAUAAGAAUGACUCAGCUGAAUGCCGAUCUGCUGCUUACUCUGACAUGUUUUCCCUGCCACAUCAUUUUUCUCUUUAGUACACAGCUAUAUUUUUUUUGUUCCUUUUGUUUUCUAUCAUGCCCAAAUGCUUAUUUUCGGUGAGACAAAAGGCUGUCAAAACAGCAAGUAUUUGAACUGACAGCACGUGUAGUUGUCAUAGGAGCUUCUACUAAACAGGCUGAUGACAGGAAUGCAAAACUAGUGAGACUCCUCCAUGCUCUUCCCCCUCUAUCUCUUCCUCUGUUUCUGAAACGUACUGUCGACAUCCUUACCAUUUGAUGUUAAACAGCUGCCAUGUUUCAAGCUAGAGGUGACUGCAUUUCAGAGACCAGAAAAUGUACUUCUGUAGUGCUGCCAGACAGUGAUCUCAUGUACAUUAGCCCUGGUUUUUCAAAAGGCUCCAUUGGAUGUCAGUGGUGCAGCUCCAGCCUGACCUCAACAUAAGAGAGAUCGGAGCCUCUUUGGCUAAGUUUUGGCAUUCAAAAAAUGUUAAGUAUGUGUCUUAUGAUAACGUACCCAUACAUUCUGCCAUCCUGUUAACUCCUGUCACACGGGCUUGCUCUCCCUUCUAAGCAGCUAUUUUGACCAGAACCAGUGACUAAUGGAAGGUAUUUGCAGAAAGCAUGCCGUUCCCAACUGACCAGCAGUAAAUUGCUAGUGACUGACAUUAGAGUGACUGUUUUCCAAAGAGGAAUACUUGAAAGCCCACUGCACGCAGCACCGAUCACAUUUAACAUCAAAACGAACCACUCAUACUGACCCCUGCCAUUUAUCCUGGCUACUACUUGCCUUCUUUCUCUGGCACAUCUGUAAGACCACACCGAAACACGGCAAGCGUGUAUUUGUUUACACAAACAUGAAAUGUGAUUCAAAACGCCUUGGUAAUGUGGCCUUCUAAAUUGAUGGACAACGUGUUGCAAAUACAAACGCACUGCACAGAGCAGUUCUGCAGUGUUCGGGAGGCGGAUCGUAAGACUUAAUAGAUCAUUUCCAUCUCUGAAAUAUCUGAGUCAUGAUGAAUGGAAUAUUGUAGUAUUUUAAACAAGAGGGAGGCAUGUUUAAAAAGACUGAGAGGGCUGCAGUGUAAAAUCUUUGUACUGUAAAAAGGCAGUCUUGGUUUUUACUGCCCUUGUGGGAAGUCUCCUGUGAACCAAACAGCCAAUAAAUCAAACAAAUAUUUCUGAAUUAAAUCCAUCUUCUCUUGGGCUUUGAGGAGUUAAACAAAAAUAAUCACACACACACACAAAGCCCACAAACCCAGUAAUUUAUUGAAUUACCUUUCAUGGUUAUACCUGCAGAUGCCUUUUGAAUUUGAGAGCAAAAAGCAUUUAAACUCAGGGUGUUUCACAAAUCACCUAAAUUCAUUAUAUCACCUGUGCCAGUUGCUAUAUUUGUAGGGCAGUAAAUAGCGGCCUUUGUUGUUUGCUGUUCAUGGGACUGUGCAAAAGAACAAGUUUAGUCUGUCUCCAGAGAUAUACGCCUACCUUACUGGCACCAGAAAUAUUGUACUAGCUUAAAUCAGGGCAGUCUUUCCAUGCUGUCACUGCCUCCCGUUUCGAUGCUCACUGCUGUGCUGAUACCCUUCCAGUCAGGGCCCCUUCUUGAAAAAUGUAACAAGUGCAGCUCAGGCAUGUUAUGAGCAGCUAAUGAAUUUCCACACCUAAGAGGGUACGUGGGCUCUGGUAUCUGGUUUCCUUUAUAAGCAGAUGGAGAAGUGAAAGUCCUUAUGUUGGCUUGUCAAUUCCUUAUCUCUAGCUCUCCAGAAAAGCAGGAAAACGAAGGCAAGGAGGUGAAUGAGCCAGAUAUCCAGUAGCUCAGCUCUUCUUACAAGCAGUUAAAUUUGCACAGAAGCUCAAGAGAGAGGAAAAAUCCAGGUGGAGCACUGCAGUUCUUGCAAAUGAGCCACAUGAGCUGUGUUAGGGAAUAUCACAGGGAUCAGCACUGAGCCAUCCUAAAGGGUUAACAGAGUACACGGAAGCCUUGAUGGCAGUAUCCCCACUGCUCUCUGGGGUGGAAGUCUUUGAGGAGAGCAUCUCACGACCCCUCACCGGUUGCAUUUACUAUCCCUGCUCAUCCUUCCCAUUCUAUCACACAGUCCUUUCCUCUUCUGCAUCUUCCCACUUCUUCAAUUUACCAUUUUACAACUCGAGUCUAAUUCUGCAGUUGCUUACAUGGCAAAGGAUCAUUAGAAAAGCAUUUAAUACGUUUUGAUCUUAUUUAGCAGGUGGAAGUAACCACGUGAACAGCAGGUUCUUGCCAGACACGUAAGGUGCUUGUGGGUCACAGUUUGAAGACAUUUUGAUGCAAGCAUAGCCCAGAACAUAUACAGCAUGAGCUGCUAGAGUGUUUUCUCAAUCAAGUCACUGAGGCUUUUGCAAGGAAUGGGACAACAUGAGUUUUUUUAUCUGCUGUUUUUUGGCAGUCCCAGGGAGGUGUGACUGACUGCUUAAAGAUAUUUUCCACACUCCUUAUCUUUUUUUUUUCUUUUUAUUUAUUGAGCACCACAUGGUCUGUCAUUUCCCUGGGCACUGAUAGAGGCCCCAAGGGGGCCUUACCUGCACGUAAAGGACAGAACGAAGCAGUAGUGAUUAAAACACAAAAUGUUAUAGGUGUGUUGCUGUUGUUAGAGAAGCCAGCUUCAAGCUUCUCCUCCUCUCUGUCAUCACUUUCUUAGUAGUUUUUUGUGAGCUCCAUGAUGCUACUUGUAAACCCCUGGUGAGCUAUGCCAUCACAUGACAGCCAGAAUGGGCACACAGCAAAUCAUAUCACUGAAAACCUUUUACAAAGCCUGCCCUGGCUAUAGCCCAUAAACAUCCUUUUGCUGUGUUAGUACUGAGGUCUUAAAUUCUUACCUCUUCAUCUAUAUAUUUCCAAGCCCUGUCAGUGGAUGGAUGAUAGCCUACCUCACCUCUUUUCACUUUCUACUUUUAAGUGUUACCCAACUACAAAGCCUGAAUCAUUUUUAAUUCCAACCCCAUCCAAAAAGAUUUUCAUUGAUUCCACAGUUAAUUUCUCUCCCUCUCUCUCUCUCUCUCUUUUAUUAUUUUUUUUAAGAUUGUUUUUCCACAUAAAUAUUCAUCAUGCAGCCAUGCUGGCUUUUAGUCUGGCUGCAAGUCCUCCUCCAAUAGCUUGAGUGACAAAUUUCUGUCAGGCUUGAUGGAAGGGCAGUUGCUUCAGAAACAAUUACCUUCCUAGAAGAUUUGUUAAUACCGACAGCAUCCCAGAGGAGAAAGAAAUAAUCUUGUUCUUCCAGUGAGAAAACAUCAUUAUUGUUCUUGGCAGCUGGUACACUCUGGCCAACCUAUACCUACCACUUCUUACCUAGCGGGGUUGUUGAUCAUGGUGUGAGGAGGAGAUUAAAUCAAUGUAGUAGGGAAAGAGCUGAGCCGAGGGAUGCAGGGAAUAAAUAUGUCAGAAAUCAGGCCUCCUUGCUUCCAGCUCUCCGCACAGGAAUUGUUUUAGGCCUAAAUUAAAUCUAAGUUGUUUUAUUUCAAACAUGUCAAAAGCUUGACUACAGCUUCAAACAACAUUAUUUUUGUGGAGGUAAAACCAGUACCUAAUAUUAUUUUAACAAGGCCUUUUAAAAUGUACAUACGUUUCCAGUCAACCAGAUUCUUUCUUUUUGCUGAAUACUGAACAUUCUUUCCUUCCCCUCACUGUUGUCUUUGGCUGUAGAAAUCAUACUUUCCACUUUCACAAAAACUGUAGGGGCAUUAUGACUGCAUGUAUAGAUUCAAGUAGGCUAUUUGCUUUCUAACAAAAUGGCUAUGUUAACUCACCUCACAGAAGUUCAAGGGCUUAUAUACAAUGCCUGUGUAGCUGUGGCUGAAAAUGCAAUUCCAUGCAUUUUCUAGUAGAGUGCUGCGGUGAGUAGCAAAAGAGCAAUGUUUUUCCUCACAGGAGACUGCACUUCAAUGACAAAAUGAUGCCUCUACAAACGGCACAGAAUGGCUUUGGGGUCCUUGAGGAAAACAGGAAUGCAAUUGCGUGUUGUAAUCUGUCUUAACAAAUUGUUUUCUCCACAGGCAUAGGUAAAAUAUCUUACCUGGAAGCUUGUAUAGCUAAGUGUUUUGCACCGUAACAAGCAAAGCUGUAUAAUGUUUCACAUUUUCUUAUCAAAUUAUGAAUAUUAAUCCGUAUCUUCUGAUAGCACUUCCAGAAGAAAGUGUCACUAUUCCUGCUGUGCAAGAGGCAGAAGGAACCAUCAGUCCAGAGCCACAACGACGGAGUGAGAUGGGAAGUGUCAGGGCCCCUUUUGGUGCAAAGAAUUCAAUGCUGGUGUGUGAAAAAGAGUCGCUUAACUACAAAAUCUUCUUCAAAAUUUUAUUCACCCGUUUUAGCACGGGUUUAUUCACAGAGAACUUCAUCCUGUGACAUUAAGCCAUAGGCAUUUUUGCCCAUUACUAGUUUAUCGAGCUAAUGAAGAGAGCCCUGGCUUCCCUGCACUACAAAUACCAAGAGCCAGAUGUUGAUUACAGGGUCUAAUAGCGUAAAACUUCACUUGAAAACUCCUGGAGCUUUCCUUCAUGGGUUGGGGGGGGGGGGGGGGGUCUCACCAGAUCCAUUUACCUUAUAAAAACACCCAUGUAGAAAGGGGAUAAAACGAUUAACUGAGCAGCAGUGAAGUUCGGUGCAAUGAAAACUGAAAUAUUGCCAGUUUCAGAGAGAGAGUUCAGGGCAACCAUCCCCAGCCCUGCUCUGGUAACGCUGAAAUCAUUCUGUGGCCCUUUGCUGCUGCUUUGGCUCUUAUUUGAUGAUAAAACCCGCCAUGAGCAGCAGCACGGCUUCUUGCCCACCACACAGAACUCGACGGCUGGUUAGCCAUCGUCCUUUUGAAGCUAAUAGCAAAAUUAAGAGGAAUGCUUGCUGUUUCUGUUUUGUUUAUUGCUGUUGGUUCCUUGCAGCCCUACACCCACAGACAGGCUCGCUCUGGAGGGGCUGGAAGCGCCGGCCAGGCUGCCCUGCUUUUGGGGGAAAGGCCUGGCAGCGGCACGACAGAUUUUGCAAUGCGAAUUCCCGUCAUUUCGGCCAGGCUGUUGCUCACGAGGACAGCACACGGCUGAACUAGCCAUGGUGUCAUGGAAAGGAAUAUACUUCGUAGUUGCACUGUUUUUGGGAAGUUUUUUUGGAAGUAUUUUCAUGCUCGGUCCUUUUCUACCUUUGAUGUUUAUCUCCCCGGCCUGGUAUCGCUGGAUCACCGACCGCAUUGUGGCCACGUGGCUCACGCUUCCAGUGGCUUUGCUGGAAAUGGUGUUUGGUGCCAAGGUGGUUGUCACCGGUGAUGGAUUUAUCCCUGGAGAAAGAAGUGUCAUUAUCAUGAACCAUCGCACACGAAUGGACUGGAUGUUCCUGUGGAACUGCCUGCUGCGAUACAGCUACCUCAGACUUGAAAAAAUCUGUCUCAAAUCCAGUCUCAAAAGCAUUCCAGGAUUUGGCUGGGCCAUGCAGGUUGCUGCCUUUAUUUUCAUUCAGAGGAAAUGGGAAGAUGACAAGAGUCACUUUGAAAACAUGCUGCAUUAUUUCUGUGACAUUCACGAGCCGUUACAACUCCUCAUCUUUCCGGAAGGAACUGAUCUCACAGCCAAUACCAAAGCUCGCAGUAAUGACUUUGCUGAAAAGAAUGGACUUCGAAAAUAUGAGUAUGUCUUACAUCCACGGACUACAGGAUUCACUUUUGUGGUGGAAUGUCUACGGGAAGGUAACAAUCUUGAUGCUAUCCACGACAUAACUGUGGCAUACCCCCAAAACAUCCCUCAGACAGAGAAGCACCUUCUGAAUGGAAACUUCCCAAAAGAGAUUCACUUUCAUGUCCAGAGAUACCCCAUAGAGACAGUGCCCACUUCUAAGGAGGAGUUGCAGCUUUGGUGCCAGAAGCGUUGGGAAGAGAAAGAGGAGAGACUUCGACGCUUCUAUGAAGGUGGAAAGUGCUUUGAUGAGACGGGACAAAGCAUCAUUCCCCCGUGUAAAUCUGAGCUCAGGGUCCUCGCAGUCAAGUGCAUCUCACUCCUGUAUUGGACGGUGUUCCCAAUGGGUACGUUUGCACUGCUGUACCUUUACAGCUUUGCACGAUGGUAUUUUGCAGCCAUGAUAAUCAUUUUUGUUGCGCAACAAAAGAUAUUUGGUGGGCUGGAGCUGAUUGAACUUGCUUGUCAUCAAUAUUUUAAAAAGCAACAGAAACACGACGACACAAAAAUGAAAAAGAAGUAGUUCUUGCGUAAAGAAGGGCAUACUAAUGUGUGGCUUUGGGACGUACUGCAAAUUUUAUAAACACGAAAGAAUUUUUGCAUGAGAAUUGUCUUUUCCUAUUGUCAUUGUUUGCUAGACAUUUGCACUUAAUUCUGUGAAAGGAAAGAGAGCCGUUAGUUAUCACUGCGUGUGAAAAUGGUAGUUUUUAUCUCUGAAUGUAACCUCAACAUUGCUCUUGCAAGCAGCUAGCAACUGCAUUCUGCUGUAAUUACGAAACACGUUGCUGGAUUAUUGAACAAUCAGAGGGGUGUUAAUAAAUAUGACGUGCACUGAAAGUCCAUUUACAAAUCCCAACUGUCCAGCUAAGAAAGACGGAUGUGUUACUUCUGUAUAAUCAUAUUGUCAUAAAGCACCGGAUUUGAAAAGCUGCUGUCUGUAACAGUGGUCUGAUGGUAGGUGGAAGCUGGAGGAGGAUAUUCCGUUUCUUUUUUGCUAUUUCAAAGAGUCACACUUACUUUAAAAUACUUUGACUUCAGCUUCUUCAAACACUACUGAACCUACCACGCUAUUCGACCUGUUCUGCCUCAGUCAGUCAGAUCUUAAAGGAUUUUUAGGCCCACCAGUGUUGUUGUGGUCUGAGAAACAGUGCUGGCUUGGCCUCCAGUUAAGUCUUAACUGAUUAUUUUACAGAUCUAUGCAGCUAAGUUUGAAUUUCUCACUGUUCAUGCUGGUUUGGUGUCCCUCUUAGCUGUGGGAGACGUGUUCCUCCUGUAGUAUAUAGAGCUGCAGGAUAGGGGAGCUGGGUGUUGUUGUUCUAUUGGUAUUUUUUUUCUGGUAGAGGCAGUAAUAUGUGUCUGUCUCUCGAGUAGCUGGUUGAUGGUUUUUCAAAGAGGUCUCAUUAUAGACAUUAUUUGCUGAUUUUUUAAUUUUAUUAUUAUUAUUAUUUUGAGAAGGCAAGGUGUCUUUUUUUGAAGGAUUUUUCGUUUGUUCUCACAUUGCUUCUUUAGACAUUUCAGUUGUCCAAGUGCAUAAAGAAGAAGAUUGCCUUUUCUGUGCAAGCCAGCCAGACCUGUUGGAAUGUAUCCAAUGCAAUGGUUGUCUUUGUAUGAGUAUUAGAAGAGGUGGGUUUCAGACUAUCACAGCACAGGGAAACUGAGUUACAGCUUCUUUUUGCAGAAUUAUCUUGCAUUGCCUGACUGCAUCACUCCUUUUCCGUACGUCUUUACAAUUUGUUAUUGUUUUGGGAGGCUCCCACUGUAACAUGCUUCCUUCUUGUCAUGAUAGUAAGGGUUUCUCAAUAUCAUGAAAUCCAAAUUAAACUCUGACAGUGCGCUUCGCAAGCGUAAUGAAUGUAAUAUCCACAGUAAAAGGUACAAACAUUGCCAGCACUUAGGAGACACUUCAGGUUAGACUUGUUCAGCCUCAGAAAUGUUAGAUCACUUGGUCAAAUGUAUUGCUGCAAAACUUUCUGGACUUACUAAACAUUCGUUGUUUAUUGCAUGGAGGCUUCAUUGAGCUAAACCAAAAUAGCCUGACUGUAUGUUGAGUUGUACUGCUGUGAAAUACGAACUGCCUAUCUCAAGCACUGGGUCGGCACCGUAGGUACAUUUGUUUCUUCUACAACACUAAACAUGUUGUCUCGUGUUUGUAUCAAAGGCCAUUUUUUGAAUGAAUCACCAGCCUCUAUUCGACUGUCCCUCGCAAGGUGACAAGUAUUUUUUAAUCCGUGCUUAUAAUAACUGUUUAUUAUGCAGAAAGUACUUGAAGCCAUCGGUUUUAUUCUAAUUUUUUAAUCCUUUUUUUCUUAAAAGAUAAAUAAAAGUAGGCUUAUAUUUAGGAUUAUGUUUCUAAAUGAUUUUUCAUAUUUGUAUCGGAGUCCCUAAAGACGGAUAACUGUUGUUUUGUUGCAGUUCUUCUGUGGUAUGGUGACGUUCCUUAAUGUAAUUUUGUGAUAUCAAAGGCAUUUAGACAAAAGCCUAGCUGGUGUUUUUCCCUUACUAAUCUGCUUUGGUGCAGUUCCUUGUAUGUCCACAUAACAGUCACCACAAAGGAAAAACUAAAAUUGGCAUUUAUAGAUAAGCAGAGGAGACCCAAAGGCCUUGAGUCUGUCCUGAGCCAUGGCUGUGCUUUCACACCGGGAGUAGCCAUGGCCGGGCCACACCAACAGCCUUAGAAGUCUUCAGGAAUGACAUCACGUCAGUGUGAGUCCUGGUCAUGGAGCAGGGAAAGAUUUCUGGUAUAUUGUGUGUCUGUGUUACAUUAGAGUUGAAUUCUGAAAAUGAAAUACAAUGCAGUUCAGAGUUGACCCUUACAAGUUUUCUGUGCGGCUGGAGCCAAACGCGUAACUAACGUAACGUGGGAAAUCCUGCAGAUCUGUAAUUCAUCCUCCUCUCCUAUGGAUUCAGAUUGAGCAGAAAUAAUCAUCAUCUUGUUAGCUCUAACUGCUGCAUUGGCACUGCCUGGUCGCUUAAAGUAGGGGAGCCCAUGGUAAGCGAGGAAUCCUCCUCACAGGGAAGGCUGUUGACUUUGAGACAGGCAGGAAUUUUCAGAUGCUGUGCCUCAUUUUUCAAUUAGAAAUACAAGAUUAAAAAAAAAAAUCAGCUUUCGUGUUUAAAAAGUCAUUAAAGCGAUGAGGAAGUUCCUUCUGUGUAUGCUCCUUCCCUAUUUGGUCAAAAAGAGCUUUUACUCAAAAGGUUUUAAUAUGCAUAUUUUGGGGAGAAUAUUCGUAUUCACCGUUUCCUUAUUCAGACUCCACUUACUAAGACAUGCUGGGUAAAUCACUUGAAGUGUUUUCAAUGCUGUUAGAUUAAAGGUGCUAGUACUCCAGGAAUCAAACACACCUACCUUUUGUGGACCUCAUAUUGGCACCAAGGCUUAUCUCACUGAUUAGCCCAGUUUCUCAUGGCUUAUGUCCUCUCGCAGUCCAGGUAGACAGAGCGCAUCGUUCAGCCACGACUACUCCUGCUAUGGGGCCUCCAUCUCUGCUGUCUUCCUUCUGUUAUUUGAGAAGCAUGACUUGCUUUUCUUGCCUUCAGAGAUACUCAUCGUUUGUUCCAUCAAACGUUUCCUCAUCUGCGCUGUGGGUUUCUUUCUCUUUGCUCCAGACUGAAAGUUGAAGUCCUCUCAUCUGUGUUCGUCCCGAAACUCAUCUGGCUAACAGGACAUCAAACUAAGACAUUUCUGUUGUGUUCAAAGCUGCGGGGCUCCAAGCUGGUCUGUAAGGUGUUGUCUUGAUCAUACGAAAUGUAGUUUCUAGCUCUGUGCAUUGCAUACAUCUCUGUUGUUUAAAAAAGAUGAGUGUUUUUAUAACUGGAUUUUAUAUGUACAUUGUAUGAAAGAAAAUGCCAGGAUACUACAAACCUACAGAAAGCCUUAGUUUUCAAAGUUCAUUGAUUAUAUUACGGUAUUUUAACCAUGUAUCAGUUACUCUACAGCAACAAUAAAGUCUUGAAGCAUUGCA